GGCGGGCGGGCGGUGCCAGAGGCGGAGCUUGUCGUUCGGCCGCCGUGCACCCAGGGCUGUGAAAGGCUGAGGAGCGGGAGCCCGCGGCUGUUUCGCCAUGACAGCGGCGAUGAGGCAGAGGUUUGACCGGUUCCUGCAUGAGAAGAACUGCAUGACCGCUGUGCUUGAGCGGAUCGAGAGCAAGACUGGCGUCAACCGCACCUACAUCGCCACUGCCAUCGUCGGGGUGGUGGCCGUGUACCUGGUGGUGGGCUACAGCGCGUCCCUGCUCUGCAACAUCAUCGGCUUCGGCUACCCUGCCUACGUCUCAAUCAAGGCCAUUGAAAGUCCCAACAAAGAUGACGACACACAGUGGCUGACUUACUGGGUUGUCUAUGGUGUUUUCAGCAUAGUGGAAUUCUUCUCUGACAUCUUUCUCUCCUGGUUCCCUUUCUACUACAUGCUAAAGUGUGGCUUCCUGCUGUGGUGCAUGGCUCCAAGUCCUUCUAAUGGGGCCGAGUUUCUCUACCAUCGAAUUAUCCGGCCUUUCUUCCUGAAACACGAAGCUCAGCUCGACAGUGUGGUUAAAGACCUGAAAGACAAGGCUGCAGAGACCGCAGAUACCAUCACUAAAGAAGCCAAGAAAGCAACAGUGAACUUACUGGGUGAAGAAAAGAAGAGCACUUAAGCUGUUAACUGGAUAAAGUUUCCCUAGCACCUCCUUUAUGAAGCUUGAUGUUACUGGGAACUGUGGUAUAAUUUUAAGAAUAUUGCCUUGGAAACAUUUUGAUAUAUGAAAGGAAUGUGUUGUAAGUUUGCUUACUACUUUGCUGUGUCUGUAUAGAAAAUAAGCAUUUUUAUUUAAAAGCAAUGCAGUGGGCAGCAUCUGAAGCUUAAUGAAAAUGCUUUAUUCAUCUUCAUGCAGAAGAAAUCUUUCAGUAAUCUCUUUCUGCAGUAACAAAUCAACAGUAUAUAUCCCACAGGCUCUGCACUUUAGUUGUCUCUAUGUAUGUAAUUACUCUUAACACUUUGGCUGUGGUGCAUCUGGUAACAUGAAGCUAUUGUAUAACAAAAAUACUAGUCUGAAUGGAUCUUUCUGAAUAUACAGGGAAUUAUUGCGAGAGAUGGCAUAACAGAUGUAUUCUCCACCAAUGAAAUUGUAAAUCAUCAAAUUACAUGUUUUAGGCACCUGAUGAUAGAGACUAUUCACUGUUGCAUGUUUUGCUGUAACACAGUAUUGGGUACACUGUGUGUAUUCUUAAAUGGAUAGAUACUAAAUAUAGAAAAGAGUAACUUAAUUCAAGUGAUGAACCUUAUAUUAUCAUGAAGUAAUUUGCCAGAAAUGGAUGCAUUGAAUUGCACAAGAUUAGCACAAGAUGGCUAAAGUACAGCUCCUUGCCUCUUCUUGCUAAAUAAAGUUGUCAUCUAAAAUUGUUGAUAGAGUGCCUUUUAAGAUCACACUCAGAAGCACAAGACACCUUUUGCUAAGGAGUGAUAUAAUUACGAACAAUUUUUCCUACGGUCCUCUUGAGAUAUUAACUGCCUUGGGUGUCAGUCCCCAGAACUACAUCCAUUAAUGGGAUGGCUGCAAGCUCCCAUGAGCUUUUUCUGCUCAUGAAAAUCUACAAUCUCUUCUGAUUGUACUCAGAACAGUUUUGCAUGAGUACUGAAACUUCCUGAAUAGAGAUGCUGUUGUCUUUGAUACAUUCCUGACCAAUCAGUAAGAAUGCAACCAAAGUUGUUAAAAGAAUAAAGGCUCUUUUGCAAUCAAUGGAAAAGAAUAUUCUUUUUUUUUUCCUCAGAUCUGAAUCUGUAGUUAUUCUUUCACACCACAGUAUUUUCAACAAAUUCAGCAUGGAUUACUGAAAUCUCCCUGUUCCCAUCUCCAUGCUGAUGUUUCUUUAAAGCCUACAGUAAUGCUAUGACAGUUCUUAACUCUCAGAACACACAGAAGGUAAGCUUAAGCUUUUGAAAUGACAAAAAGUUAUUUCUGGUCCACAAUCUUAAGUUCAAAAGAUUUAAUCUUAAAAUAGACUUUUGAAAACUUUUGGCUUUCUGCAACAAGUUGGUAUAUAAACAAUUUUCAGAUGCAAGGACUGCAGAAGAUUGCAGCACACAGUGCAACUCAGCAGGUCAGUUUUAAAUUUGAGCAAUAUGUACUAUAAGAGGAGAUGAAAAAGUAUAUUAAGAGAAAGCAUUUUAAGCUUUAAGCUGCAAAACACAGCCCUUACAGCUGUUAUCUUGGAUAGGGAAGUGUGAGACCCACUGUGCAUCAUUUUCUGAAUGAAAAAAUGUAAAAUAUAACAGCUAGUCAUUCCAUGACAGCUUUUUUUGUUAUGAGUAGAUGUGUUGAAGAGGAUAAAGUUCAUAGCAAAGUUGUAGAUGCAAGCGAGUAAAAAGUUUGAGGGGACUCACCAUUUAAGUGGUGUGAUUUCUGGUCUUAUCUUCCUUUGUCUUAAACCCACUGAACUUUUCCGUAAGCUGUACCAAAUCCUAGUGCUGUGUUUUAAACACUGUCAGCUGUGUAUAUAGCAAUCAUGUGGCCAGUGUAAUUUAGUUUCACCUCUUGAAAUAAUAAGUAAUAAAGAUGCUUAAUAGUCUAUUUGAUUUAGGUGCAAAGUACUGCGUAACUUCUCUAAAAGCUGCUGAUAAAUCUUACACUUUCCAAGCCUAAUGAGGUCUUGUAGUAGAGACAGAACUUACUUUUCAUUUGUCAUACUACUCAACAGUUCUUCUUCCACUGUUAUUAAUGGGGAUAAAACAUUUCUAGGUAACUGUUAAAACAUUCUCUUACAUCUCUUUUAGAACUUAACAGGCUUUAAAUCAACUUCUUGUCUUUACAACUUGAUGUGUCUUGACCAGCAGUUAAAUUCAGUCCUCCUCUGUCAGAUUUCUACCUGAAGUACCAUCUGUUGUUAACAGAACUUAAGCUUACUGUUUGCCUUGAUGCAAGUAGAAAUGACUGAAUUUCUGCAGCAAAUUAUCCUUUUCUGCCAGUAACUCCACUGGGCUGGCCCUACAGAUCAGUGCUCUUCUCAAAGUCUUCUUCAUAACGUUUAUUUGCAAAUGUCGGUACACACGUCUACUCCGUGUCUGUGCUGAAGCUGUAAUGUGCUAAAUAAAAAUGGACACAAAUAAAGAGAUUCUUACAGGA